AUGUCCAGCGUCGGCCCCGAGUGCCUGCAGGGCUGCGAGGUGACCUGCACCCAGCCCUGCGCCUACAGCCGGAGCCUGGAGCCCUGCGUGGCCUCCUGUGGCGACUCCAGAGCCGUGGUGUUCCCUCCUCCCGUCGUCCUCACCUUCCCGGGCCCCACCCUCAGCACCUGCUCCCAGGAGAGCGUGGUGGGAGCGGCCCAGCCCGUGGUGCUCGGUGCUCCCAUCCUCGAUGAGUCCUUCGGGGUGGGGGGCUCCUUUGGGCCCGGGGGCGUGGCGAGGGCAGGGGGCUCCUUUGGAUCCGGGGGCUCCUUCGGCUACGGGGGCUCCUCAGGGAUGGGAGGUCCCUUUGGGGGGACCUUUGGGGGUUCCUUUGGUUGUGGGGUGCAGAAUUCCCGUGGGGCCUGUGGGUAUGGGGCGAAGGGGUCUUUUGGGUCUGGGGGUGCCUUUGGCUGCGGGGGCUCCCCGGGAGUGGGGGGCUCCUCUUACAGCUGGAGGUCCCGCCUCGGCCGCCGCGGGUCCUGCCUGGGCGGCUCAUCCUAA